UUGCGCCCGCCAUGUUUCUCCAGCGCUCCGCCUUCGCAGCCGCACGGCGAGCAGCCCCCCGCGCCCUGGCCCGCCGCACUUUCACCACCACCUUUGUCCGCCGCGAUGUGAACGAGAAGGCCACGUCGGACAAGGAGGCCGGCCACUCAUCAUCUGCCCCGAGUGUUGUCGAGGGUUUCAAGAAGCUUGACCAGAUCAAGACCGAGGAGGACCUUCUCCCACCUGGCGCGAAGCCCGGUACCGUGCCCACCGACCUCGAACAAGCUACCGGUCUGGAACGUCUCGAAAUCCUGGGAAAGAUGCAGGGCGUUGAUGUUUUCGACAUGAAGCCGCUGGAUGCUAGCCGCCUUGGCACCCUCGAGGACCCCAUCGUCGUCAACUCCGCCGGCAACGAGCAGUACCUCGGCUGCACGGGCUACCCCGCUGACUCGCACAAUGUCCUCUGGAUCACUCUCACCCGCGAGGAGCCCGUCGCCCGAUGCAUGGAAUGCGGCUCUGCAUACAAGAUGCACUACGUUGGUCCGCCCGAUGAUGCACAUGGCCAUGACCACGGUCACCACGAGAACCCAUAUCCCAGGCCGAAGAACAUGGCCGAUUUCAUCAAGCCCGAAUACCUGCACGCAUAAAGGUGGACAGCUAUGAUAGAAUCGGCGGUGUAUCUAUAUGGGCAUGCAGUCAACUGCAAAUGUGUAGCAUAGUCGAACGGAGGGAUUUCUUUUGCCUGUGCCACUUGCAUAUUAUUCGUCUACGUCGUGUAUUCGUGAACUCGUACUAACCGAGCCAACCCCCACUAUCUAGGGAUAUUGGAAGCUAUGCGCGCUAAAUCCUAUCCAAUGCCCACGUGUGAAA